AUGCUCCUGGCCUCGGCGGUGGUGGUCUGGGAAUGGCUGAACGAGCACGGCCGCUGGCGUCCCUACAGCCCGGCCGUGAGCCACCACAUCGAGGCGGUGGUCCGCGCCGGCCCCCGCGCCGGGGGCAGCGUCGUGCUGGGCCAGGUGGACAGCCGGCUCGCGCCCUACAUCAUAGACCUGCAGUCCAUGAACCAGUUCCGCCAGGACACGGGGACCCUCCGCCCAGUUCGCCGGAACUACUACGACCCGUCCUCGGCCCCCGGGAAGGGCGUGGUGUGGGAGUGGGAGAACGACAAUGGUUCUUGGACGCCCUACGACAUGGAAGUGGGCAUCACCAUCCAGCAUGCCUAUGAGAAGCAGCACCCCUGGAUCGACCUCACGUCCAUCGGCUUUAGCUACGUGAUUGACUUCAGCACCAUGGGCCAGAUCAACCGGCAGACCCAGCGCCAGCGCCGCGUCCGCCGGCGUCUGGAUCUCGUCUACCCCAUGGUCACUGGCACCUUGCCUAAGGCCCAGUCCUGGCCGUCUAGCCCGGGGUCGGCCGCCUCGCCCCCUGGCCCGCCCUGCUCCUGCCCGCAGUGCGUCCUGGUGAUGAGCGUCAAGGCGGCCGUGGUGAGCGGAAGCGCCGGGCCCAUGCAGCCCCCAGCGGCCCGCAAGAACAUGCCCCCCUCCGCGGCGGUCAAGCUGCCCCCACCACCGGGACCUGGGGCCAAGCCACUGGACAGCACGGGCACCGUUCGGGGCCCCGUGAAGACCGCCCCUCCGCAGCCGAUCCAGCGACAGGCCUCCAGCUCGCCGGCAGGGGCCGCUGCGGGGUCUCCCGCCAGCCCCCCAGGUGCCAAUGGCAAGACGGGAAGGGUGGCCCUGGCGACCUUGAAUCGGACCAACCUGCAGCGGCUGGCCAUCGCCCAGUCCCGGGUGCUGAUCGCCUCUGGGGUCCCCACUGUCCCAGUGAAGAACCUAAAUGGGUCCAGUCCUGUCAAUCCUGCCCUGGCAGGUAUCACGGGGAUCCUCAUGAGUGCAGCAGGGCUGCCUGUGUGUCUCACCAGGCCACCAAAGCUGGUCCUCCACCCACCCCCCGUCAGCAAGAGUGAAAUAAAAUCCAUCCCAGGGGUUUCCAACACAAGCCGCAAGACCACCAAAAAGCAAGCCAGGAAAGGUAAAACCCCAGAGGAAGUGCUGAAGAAGUAUCUGCAGAAAGUGCGGCACCCGCCAGACGAGGACUGCACCAUCUGUAUGGAGCGCCUCACAGCCCCCUCAGGCUACAAGGGCCCGCAGCCAACGGUCAAGCCUGACCUGGUGGGAAAGCUGUCCAGGUGCGGCCACAUCUACCACAUCUACUGCCUGGUUGCCAUGUACAACAACGGCAACAAGGAUGGCAGUUUGCAGUGUCCCACCUGUAAGACCAUUUAUGGGGUGAAAACAGGCACCCAGCCUCCGGGGAAGAUGGAGUACCACCUCAUCCCCCACUCCCUGCCCGGCCACCCGGACUGCAAAACCAUCCGGAUCAUCUACAGCAUCCCCCCCGGCAUUCAGGGGCCAGAGCACCCAAAUCCUGGGAAAAGCUUCAGCGCCCGUGGCUUCCCGCGACACUGUUACCUUCCAGACAGCGAGAAAGGGAGAAAAGUCCUGAAGCUGCUGCUGGUGGCCUGGGAUCGCCGCCUCAUUUUUGCCAUUGGUACCUCCAGCACGACGGGCGAGUCAGACACCGUCAUCUGGAACGAGGUCCACCACAAGACCGAGUUUGGCUCUAAUCUCACUGGCCAUGGCUACCCAGAUGCCAAUUACCUGGAUAAUGUGCUGGCUGAACUGGCCGCCCAGGGUAUCUCCGAGGACAGCACUGCCCAGGAGAAGGACUGAGCUGGAAGGGCUUUGGGGAAGAGGGGUUGUGGGGACCACAGGGCAGGAAAUGGGGAGACUCAAGGUAGAAGUUGGUUCCCUGCCCUCCCAACUCCCUCAUCUCCCCUCCUGUCCUGUCUCCAUCCCCGAACCCUCCCAGCAGCAACGGGGAGCCAGACUGAACA